CCUGCGGAGAGCGAGGCCCAGAGCGUCGCGGAGAUUUGGGGAGCGCCGAGACCGAGGGUCUGGCGGCCGCAGGCGCUGCCCUACGACAGGGCUUCGGCCCCGGAGCUGCGGGAACAUGCGCCCAGAACGGCAGUUUGUUUGACCGUUGCCGGACUAUGUUCACACUUCUGGUUCUCUUCAGCCAAUUGCCCAUAGCUACCUUCGCGUUUCCUCAUUGCACAAGAAGCCCAGAGGAGUCUGGCCAUGCAGGGCAAGAAGUCUUUACAUCAAAAGAAGAAGCAAACUCUUUCAUACAUAGACACCUUCUAUAUAAUAGAUUUGAUUUGGAGCUUUUCACUCCUGGUGACCUAGAAAGAGAGUGCAACGAAGAACUUUGUAAUUAUGAAGAAGCCAGAGAGAUUUUUGUGGAUGAAGAUAAAACGGUGGCAUUUUGGCAGGCAUAUUCGAUUAAAGGACCAGUCACAAAAUCAGGUGGUAACAGAGAAAAAAUUGAUGUUAUGGGCCUUCUGACUGGACUAAUUGCUGCUGGAGUAUUUUUGGUUAUUUUUGGAUUACUUGGUUACUAUCUUUGUAUCACUAAGUGUAACAGGCAACAGCAUCCAGGUUCUUCAGCCACCUACCUGAGAAGGGGCAGGCACACUCCCUCCAUCCUUUUCAGAAGACCUGAAGAGUCUGUGUCGUUUCCAUUGCCACCUUCGUUGGAUGACACAGGAUUACCUUCUUAUGAACAGGCAGUGGCACUGACCAGAAAACACAGGGUUUCGCCACCACCACCAUACCCUGGGCCAGCAAAAGGGUUUCGGGUGUUUAAAAAGUCGAUGUCGCUCCCGUCUCAUUAAGCGCACCUUGACGUCUUGAUGGUACAGGAGACUCAUGUUAUUUGAAUGGUCGUUUUCCCCGAACCAAAAUAACAUCAAUUCAGCCCUUUAUGACAAACUGCAAGAAGUAAAGGAGGAAUAAACAUGAAUGCUACACAACAGAAGUUUUGUGGGCAUCUUGGACCUGAACUUUUCAUCAUUGUCAACUUGAAAAGAAACUUGGACUCCGUAUCUUGCAAUUCAGAAGACAGCACUUUUUUGUUUAUUUUAAUGGUUCAAAAAAAUCUGUGAUAUGCACGUCAUAGCUAGAACUUGUGAACUAUUUGUAUUCUUUAUGCAGAUAAAGGUUGUAGAUUUCUUGUGUUAAAUAUAUAAAAAGUAAGAAUUUCUAAUCAUUCGAUUAUCCCAAGUCAUAAUAUUAGACCCACUCUUCGUUAGGAUUUCUUUUCAGUUGGAAAUACUUCACAGAAUUUGACAUUUCAGAAUAAAUUGGUGGCCUUGAUAUAAUUGCUUGGUUUUAUAUUUUAAAUUAUUGCAGAGCAUUCACCGUAUUUUGCAGGUUUCCAUUGGUGACUCUUGCUAUCAGUUGUGUUUCAUUAUGAGGAGUGGGAUCAAUGCUUUUCUUUCUUAAAAAAAAAAAACACUUGCUAGGGAGUUUGUUCUUCAGAGGGUUACAAUGGCAGGGAUUUACUUACUAACAAAUAAAUAAAUAGGCCACAAAUCUAGGAGUGACUAGAACUUGACAUAAUUGCCCAUGUUUCUGACGAAUAGACAUACCAUCCCCAUUUUCAUUGUUAAAUUAUCUAUCUAUAACAAUAUAUAAUUAUUUAUCUUGAAAAUUUGUUGAAUUUUCUAAAUAACAGCUUGAGAACCUAGAAAAAAGUAAUUUACUUUUCUGCUGUUAAAAUAAUAUUGAUUAAAGAGGAUUAAAAUAAGUGCAAAGUGCAAGAUGCAAAGUUACUUCAGAAAAAGUGCUUAUGUAAAGCCAAGUUAUGACAAAUAGUAAAAUUUUUAUAUGUAGGUGGCUUUAAAAAGACUGCUUUUCCUAAUUAUAUGUAAAUGCUGCUAAAUGAGUUCUUUGGGACAAAGAAUAUCACUACAGUCACCUUCAAAGUACUCCCCUUGGGAAGCUAUGCACCGAUGCACCAAAUGAGUUCUUUGGGACAAGGCAACCCUUUGUAUCUCUUAAUGUCUGGACACAAAACACUGUAGGUAAUUAUUUUAACUUACACUUUGUCUCUUCUUCUAAUCAUAUAUAUAACCAUAUAUAUAAGAACCUAGUAGAGUAUGACCUAUAAACCUCUGGAGUGAGUGUGUGUGCACAAAUUUAUGUGGGUGGGUGUGUAUGUAUAUGUGAAUUUGUUUCUUCCUUACAGGAGCUCAAGAAAUAUACUCCUGGGUGGCCAGUUAGCUCAGUUGGUUAGAGCAUGCUGCUAAUAACACCAAGGUGGCAGGUUCGAUCCCUGCAUGGGCCACUGGGGGCUGUGCCCUCCUUAAAAAGAAAAAAAAAACGUG